ACUAGUAUAGAUACAUCAUGAUCAUGAGGAAGCAGGAAAUUUCACAGACGAAAGGCAUUCUCCCGGGAAAAACAUGUAGCAUGGUGCCUAGAUAGCAUAGCGCCUAGAGUCCUUACGCUUCCAGAGCGCUUCCCGUUAGAUACGCUACUUAAGAGAGCAGGAAUCAGCACGCCAACCGCAACAUACGUGUCAUGCCCUCAAAACCUCCCUUUGAAAUCCGUCCUGGCAACUUUUCCCUCAACGUAUCCGGUGUCGCAGGGUUCUUCGGCGGCGAUGAAGCCAUCUCCGCUAUACAGACCAUCCAUCACUACAAGGCCAGAAAGUUCCUGGGGUGGUACAACUCUCCCGGCAGCUGGAAUGUAGGCAAAAAGUUUGGAAAGCUCGCAAAAUCCCGUUUCUGGGACGGGCUCUUCCCUGGACCCGAUGAAGAACCCGCAAAAUUCUUCGAGCUUGAUGGCAAGCAGGGCCCCAAAUAUGUCGCCUCUAGAUCUGGAUCCGUCCUGGAGCACACCGGCCAUCUUGCGUAUUUGAUAAUGCAGAAGAGCAAGGAGGAGCUAGGAUACCAGGUGAAAGGAAGAGUCACGAAACGGAAUAAAGUGACCAUUAUCAAGACGCAGCUCGUUUUCGAACCGGCGGCGGCUAGAAAGGAGACGCCGAAAGAGGCGCCUAAAGAUGAAGAUAAAGAGGAAGAGGAGCCGCACAAGGAGACGCAUAAAGAGGAGGUGCUGCCUAAGAAGGUGCCUAAAGAGGAGCCGGUCCGCGACAUCCCACCUCACAGCGGGCGUCACACGCUCGUUGCAAUUCUACCGAUAGCCGUUAGCUUCACCACAUGCGCACUUUGUGGAUGGACACACGACUGGUUCUGCUUUUCGAUGAUUCUUCUGGGAAUUAUGUCAAGCGGCAUAUCCUCCGUGGUCAUAGGGUCGGCAUGUUUAAAGCUGCAAGGCGUGAAUUCAGCACCUACGGCUCCGCCCGGAGACGGAAUGCUGAUGGAUGGUGAUGAUAUCGUCCUCCUGCUCGGGAAAGAGGGAGACGUUGCCACGAUCACGAGGGGCAAGUUCAUUCUCAAAUUUGACCCCUGGGUUAGGUGGAGGAGCAGGAAGGAAAAGAGGAAACGUUCCGUUCCUGGAGACGGAGUGAAGUCGUCCAAUUCGGACCGCAAUAGCGAUGCAGAAAGAGGUCAAAAUAAUUCUUGUCUAAAGCAGGUUGCCACGCCUCAAAAGCAAGUUGCCGCGCCUACAAACCAGGGUGCUACGUCUCCAAAGUUGAGUGAAGAGCCCGUUAGAAACGAGUAUGCUACGUCUCCAGAGCCGGGUGAAGAGCCCGUCAUAGACGAGUACGCUGCUAUUGGAUUGUGUUCGCUCCUGCUCGUCAUACAACUCCUCGGCCAACUGCUCUUGAUACCCCAGGGUACAUUAUUUGGCCAAAUCAUGUUCCUGUCCUCCUUCGCAGCUUCAUGGGCGUACAACUUGUACUUGUCCUCGAUCGACAACGAGUAUAUCCAGGAACAAUUGAUCCUAAAGGAACUUCAUCUGGAGGAGAAGCAUAUGCAGACGUACAUCUUUGGCACAAGAACAACUGCUGCAGUAUUCGCAUGCCUGAUGCUCCAGCCUGCUGACGACGUUGCACACAAAUACGUUGUUGCAGACAAAUGGAAGGACCUAGGUUUCGAACCAGAAAGUAUCAUUCGCAACUUUAUUCCGAAUGAUACGCAGGUGUGGGUUACAUGGAGAAAAAAAGUCUUGGAGGUAAUGAAAAAACGCGAUAGUAGCCAGGACGUUUGCCACAGUUUACUCAAGAUGAGCAGCGAGGAGAAAACGAAGUUCGGGUCGGGCGACAAAAAGCUUCUCGAACAGCUCCUGGAAGACGCUCGAGUUGCAUAUAAUUUGGCCACGGAAGAGCAGUGGUGGUUGAAGAAUGAUUAAAAUAACGGAACGACUUAUCUUAUCCUGUCCACCAGUAACUUAUACCCGUGGAUAUUGGCUUACACCAUACGACUCUAAUCAACUAUGUGCAUUUGAUCAGCCCAACGCACAGAGACCUAAAGUAAUUCCGAUACGAAUAUGCGUUGUUGUGAUGCUAAUCAGCCAUAAGUGAAAAUUGUGC